AAAUUACCAUUGAGCUGCAACUUUUAUCCCCCCUCCCCCUCCUUUUACCAUUAUCCUUUUACCACUGAAUCUCAGGCAAUACACUGGUUGGGUGGUAAUGAUACUUGGCUUUGGGAACUCACAAGUCUAAAGCUGAAACAAAAGGCUGAUAAAAGUAUAAAGUUAUACUUGCUUUGGUAUUUCGAACAAGGGGCAGAAGAAAGGAGCUGGGUGAUCUCUCAAGCCAAAGUGAUUUCUUUGGCAGGUUUUAGUUUCUCAUAUUUUUGUAUUUUCUUAAUGAAUUAGAACUGCUAUGACCUAAUGUAAGUUGGUAUUUGGUUGGAAAUAUAAUGUGACCAUUAUACCAUUAUUGCCCUAAAUUGGUUGCAUUACGUUA